AUGGCCUUCGUGAUAUGUUUGUUCCGCCGUCGCUCACGGGACGAAUACGACCACAGCCUCAAGAGUGAGAUCGGGCAUCCCAACCCUCGGCCAGAUACAUCCCCCACGCCCCUUUCAGGACACCUAUACGACAUACGCGAAGGCGUCCGUACGCCUUUAACACCUCCACCCCGUCUACAGCAACGACGGCUGCUUUCCACCCACGGGAGCCCCGAGAGACCGAGCAUCAACAUCAACGUCUCCAUCCCAGGAACUUCACUGGGCGCCUCGGUCGAGAAGGCAGGCGUCUUCUCGCCGUCGCCCAUCUCGACACCCACGCCCACAGCAACCAACAGAGUCCCUCCGAAAUAUGACCGCUCGACGAAACCGUACUACGGCGUUCCUCCACCGCCGAACACAUUUGGUCAAGGCACCGGCGGCGGUGCACGAUCCUCCGGGAAGACGUCGAGCAUGAGCAGCGCGGCGAGCGGUCGCACCGCCACCAUCGUAUCCAACGUCUCGAGCAUGUUUCCGCAGCUCACGCCCUCCUCGUGGCCGAUGCGGCCGCCGAGGCCUCACGAGAGGCCGCUGCUGAUACCGGAUCUGGUGUGUCCUGGUCCUCCACCGGCUCGCUCGCUUCCUCCAGCACCUCCCGGGAGCCCCGCGAGUCCCGUGUCCUUUCACCAAAAGUUGCUACUACAGCAGCUGCAACAGCAGCAGAAACGGGGGGGUGGUUUCGAUGGUGUCAGCGCCGCUGUCAGCAACGGGUGGGUUCCGCCUCGCAAUCCGGCGCGGGGCGUGGUGCUGGAGAAGGAGUCGAGGGAUUUGUGCGACUUGACAGAGACGUGUGCGAGAGAGUCGCGAGAGAGGAGUAGCUGGGGAAGCUGGAGUAUCGGAGGUGGUGGAACGGGUGUCGGGGCGAGUUCGGUGCAAAAGGGGGCCGGGAGUGUGAAUAGCCCCGUGUUGGAGGAGGCGGAUCUGGAGAGGAUAGGCGGGCGGUAUUGA